AUGCCAUCCGUGUACAGACGAAAGCCUGGCAGUCGUCGAUAUGUCGACUACACCCAGGCAGAUUUAAAAAAAUGUCUGGAUGCAAUCCAAUCCAAAGUGCUCACACAAAGAGCGGCUGCAGAGUUAUUUAAUAUUCCUCGCAGCACUUUGAAAAACAAAUUAACCCGGAAACACCCUAACAAACCAGGUAAACCUACAAUUUUUACUGAAGAGGAAGAAAAGGCGUUUGAAGCUCACAUAACUGCGCUUUCGGAAUAUGGGUUUCCGCUGACAGCAUUCGACCUAAAAAUGAUAAUCAAAAAUUACCUUGAAUCUAAGGGAAGAGUUGUAAAAAUUUUUAAGAACAACAUUCCUGGUAAAGACUGGUUGGCUUCUUUUCUUUCACGACAUCAAUCUCUUUCACGGCGACUUGCUAACAAUAUCAAAAGAGUCCGAGCUCAAGUGUCGGAAGAUGUCAUUUCCAAUUUUAUAGAAAACAUCGACAAAGAACUAGAAAGCGUUCCACCCGAAAACAUAUUCAACUACGAUGAAAGCAACCUUUGUGAUGACCCAGGAAAAAAGACUAUAUUAUGCAGAAGAGGAACAAAAUAUCCGGAAACAAUAGUAAACGCUACAAAAGUUAAUUUUACUGUCAUGUUCUGUGGCAACGCCGCUGGGGAAACAGUUCCACCGUUCAUCGUUUAUAAGUCGGAUCAUCUCUGGUCGACUUGGACUGAAAAUGGUCCCGAAGGCGCUCGAUAUAAUAGGACAAAGAGCGGAUGGAUGGACAGCGCAACUUUUGAAGACUGGUUUCUCAAUCAUCUUAUGCCAGUUCUUAAGAAGAAAAAUGGUAGAAAAGUAGUGAUUGGAGACAACCUUGCUUCACACAUUAAUAAAACAGUUUUGAACGAGUGUGAGAAGCACAAUGUUAGUUUUAUUUGUUUGCCACCCAACGCUACACAUAUACUUCAGCCACUAGACGUCGCAUAUUUUCGACCUUUGAAGUGCAAGUGGCGGCAAGUAUUGCUUCAAUGGAAGAACAGUCAACUGGGUAGGAAACUGUCGACUACACCUAAGGAUCAGUUUCCACGACUAUUAAAACGGCUUUGGAUUCUUUGA